CGGCCAGUCCGUGCAAACCUCGACCUGUAAGCCGCCAGUGCUGUCUGCAUCGACGGGCAGUGGUCAAAUCCCAUCGUAAAUCCCAUUGAUGCAUUCUGGAUUGGCUGUCAGUUGCAACAGUGUUCUGGAGAGCUUCUCAAACUGUGCUCAGGAAAGCAGGAUAUGAGACAGUGCUGUGUCUCUCUCAGAGACGUGAGUCACGCAGCCGAGGACGAGCCGGAUAAUGGCUUAUCUCUCUCUCUCUCUCGCUCUCUCUCUCUCUCUCGCUCUGGAGGUCAUUGUGUACAGCGAGGCUCUUAAAGAGCUGUAGGUCACAUGACUCACUCUGCUGGCUCUCACUGAGCAUGCUCAGUUCACUGUGUUGUCAGGCAAAAAAGAAGACGGCUCUGGAACAGACGAGAUCUACAAUAGAUAAACACACAGACACACAGACACACAGAGAGAGCCGGAGAGGGAGCGCUAGUAUGGAAGGGCGCUGCUAGUGCACAGUAAUUCUGCCGUAUUGGAUGGUUUGGGGCCGUGUUUCUGUAUGCAUUGUGCUGUUCAUCCGCUGUGUGUCGUGUCGGAGGAGAAGCAUCCGUCUGGCGGUCGCUCCAUCCUCGCUGAAGAAAGCACAGAGCUCAUCUUACUGAAGACGUCUCCUGUCGUCCCAGAGUGCCUGUUGUUUUGUGUUUUGAGCUGAAAUGGAUCAGAAAAGCUUCAUCCUGUUAGAGACGCGUCUGUGAACACCGGAGCCAAUGGAUAUUAAAGGCCAGGGCUGGACGGAUGAAGAAUCGGAUGGAGAGAACGAACCGGAGCAGUUCCUGUACGGGAUUCAGGGGAGCUGUGCAGCCGACCUGUACCGUCACCCACAGCUGGACGCUGACAUCGAGGCUGUAAAAGACAUUUACACGGACAGCGCUGUGUCCGUCAGAGAGUACGGCACCAUCGAUGACGUGGACAUCGACCUGCAAAUCAACAUCGGCUUCUUGGAUGAGGAGGUGGCGACCGCAUGGAAGGUGAUCCGAACGGAGCCCAUCGUCUUACGCCUCCGUUUCUCUCUUUCACAGUAUUUGGAUGGACCAGAACCGUCUGUGGAGGUGUUUCAGCCGUCCAAUAAAGAAAGCUUCAGUUUGGGCCUUCAACUAAAGAAGAUCCUCAGUACGUUCACGUCGCAGCAGUGGAAGCACCUCAGUAAUGAGUUCCUCAAAGCCCAGCAGGAGAAGCGACACAGCUGGUUCAAAGCCGGAGGAACCAUCAAGAAAUUUCGUGCAGGAUUGAGCAUCUUCUCCCCGAUUCCCAAGUCUCCCAGUUUCCCCCUGAUCCAGGACACAGUGUUGAAAGGCAAACUGAACGUGCCCGAGCUCAGAGUCACCCGGCUCAUGAACCGCUCCAUCUCCUGUACCAUGAAGAACCCCAAGGGGGAGCUGUUUAGCUAUCCUCCGAACAGCCAGACUGUGGCUGUCCCGGCGGGCAGGGCCCCUGCGCAGAUUACCACCCGCCAGCUGAUUGAGUUGUUUUUCUCAUCCCAGGCGGGCGGACACUGCAAGAACAUCCCCACGCUGGAGUACGGCUUCCUCGUGCAGAUAAUGAAAUACUCUGAGCAGCGCAUCCCCACUCUGAACGAAUACUGCGUGGUGUGUGACGAGCAGCACGUCUUCCAGAACGGAUCCAUGCUGAAGCCUGCGGUUUGCACGAGAGAGCUGUGUGUGUUUUCCUUCUACACGCUGGGAGUGAUGUCCGGAGCGGCUGAGGAGGUGGCCACCGGCGCUGAGGUGGUGGACCUGCUGGUGGCCAUGUGUCGCGCCGCUCUCGAGUCGCCCCGUAAAAGCAUCAUCUUUGAGCCGUAUCCAUCUGUGGUCGACCCCAAUGACCCCAAAACGCUCGCCUUCAACCCGAAGAAGAAGAAUUAUGAGCGUCUGCAGAAAGCUCUAGACAGUGUGAUGUCUAUUCGGGAAAUGACACAGGGCUCGUAUCUGGAGAUUAAGAAGCAGAUGGAUAAACUGGAUCCUCUGGCUCAUCCGUUACUGCAGUGGAUCAUAUCCAGUAACAGGUCUCAUAUUGUGAAGCUGCCGCUCAGUAGGCAGCUGAAGUUCAUGCACACAUCUCAUCAGUUUCUGCUGUUGAGCAGCCCGCCUGCAAAAGAAGCUCGAUUUCGCACCGCAAAGAAACUCUAUGGCAGCACCUUUGCCUUCCAUGGCUCCCAUAUUGAAAACUGGCACUCGGUUCUGAGGAAUGGACUGGUCAAUGCCUCUUAUACUAAACUGCAGCUGCAUGGAGCAGCGUACGGGAAGGGCAUCUAUCUGAGCCCCAUAUCCAGUAUUUCCUUUGGAUACUCAGGAAUGGGGAAGGGCCAGCAUCGCAUGCCCACUAAAGAUGAGUUAGUCCAGCGAUAUAAUCGAAUGAACACAAUGCCACAGAGUCGCCCCAUACAGUCACGUUUCCUCCAGAGCAGGAACUUAAACUGCAUCGCUCUCUGUGAAGUGAUCACAUCCAAAGACCUGCAGAAACAUGGCAACAUCUGGGUGUGUCCGGUGUCUGACCACGUCUGCACACGCUUCUUCUUCGUGUGAGUGUCUCUCUGAUUGAUCACGGCAGUCUACG